AUUAAAUUUAUAAAUGGUGGCAGUUUUUUUUUCAAGUGUGAUUAUAAAAAAUGGCUAGUGUCGGGUUCAGAUGGCUAGACAUACUAGAAAAAGAGUUUGACAAAGCCUUUGUAGACUUAGAUUUAAGCAUUAGUGAAUUGGAAUCCGAAGAUCCUGACUUGGUAUAUAAUGUUCGUCAAAAGAUAUGCACGCUGAGUUCCUGUUUUGCACAGCUAACACAUAAAGCUCAAACUAUUUUUCAGAAUAGUGCAAAAGUUGAGGCGGAGUUGAUUCAUAUGCGAGCCGAACUCACGGAAUCGAAAUCAAAAAGAGAAGUAUUGGAAACCGAACUUCACCAUUUGCUGCUUCAGCUACAUUCCUCGCAGCUUUCUAGACUACCGGACACUCUAGGAAACAAAAGGCUCGACCAGUAUAUAAAACCGGAAAUCAAUGUGAUAAAGCAAAAGUUAGAGGCUGAAAUUAGACAAAGUCCCCUUCGUGGAGCACUUAAAGAUGCAGAUGAACUAAAAUUUAGCCCAUCGCUAUUAGAACCAGCACAAUAUAAAGCUAACAUCGUACAGUUACAAUCGGAAAAUUCCGCCUUGAGAAAUGAACUGCUUGCCCUUACAAGCGAAGUUUAUGGCGCUAAAUUGGCCGCUAAAUACCUGGAUAAGGAACUUGCUGGAAGGAUACAGCAGUUACAACUACUAGGUAGGGAAAUGAGAGGAGAUGUACGUGAUAAACUAUGGAGGCAACUGGAGUCUGAAAUUCUGUUACAACGGCACAAAACUGUGGUGCGAGCUUGUAGAAGAAACAGCGCUUUAAAUGGUACAAACAAAUGUUCUAAACCUGAAACGGAAUCAAAUCCGGAAGCGACUGAACAUUUCGGCGAUAUAAGAAGUGUCUUAGUGAAAAGAAAGCCCGAUCAAGGUUUAGGAAUUAGUAUAACUGGCGGCAGAGAACAUGGAGUUCCCAUUCUUAUAUCGGAAUUAGAACCCAAUGGACCAGCUGCUGUAUCCGAACAACUGUAUAUCGGCGAUGCAAUAUUAUAUGUAAAUGAUAUAGAUUUGAGAAAUGCUUGCCAUAGAGAAGCAGUAAGUAUUCUGCAACAGCAACAAGGAGAUUGCACGUUACAGGUUCAAUACAUAGCAGCUGACGAAAGUGAUAAUUCUCUAGAAGAGGAUGGUUUUAAUUUUAGAUUUUUCGAUGAAAAUGUUUGUGAUACUAACAAUGCAACUAACUAUAAAGUGACUGAAGAGAUAGUUAUCACCCCUACAGCCCCUAGGACGCCAGAAUCAAGUUCUGGUAGUAGGUGAGUCCAAAUGACAAUUGACGAAGAACUCUGUAUAUAGUAUUAUACAAAAAAAAACUAUUUGCAUGAAAUUUAUGCAGUAUUUUUAUUCCUUAUUUUUUAUAUUAUAUUCUGUUAUAUGUGUUUGAUUUUUGAUAUUUAUAAUUUCUAGAGUAGAGCGUAAAUCAAACUCAGUUUUUAUAAGAUCUCUGUGUGCUUUUUAUUUGUAUUCCAAGAAUGUGCUAUUUUUCUUUAAAUAUGUUAGAAUAUAAUUUUGUUAGCUUUAUGUAUAUUUGCAUUCCAAAUGUAAAAAAAA